ACAAUUUUAGUAUGAUAAAGAAUUGUAAGGCAUAUUAUCAAACACGAGAUAAACGAAGCUUUUAACGGAAAUUCAGACAAUGUCACGGUCCACCGCCGUCUUAAGAAAAUGUUGAGAAAACUCCGAUCACGGCGGCGGCCCCGCUACGGCACCCAUGUCUGCGCCUUCAUCGCAGCCUUCCUCCUACUUCUCUCCGUUUCUAUUCUCUACAAUCGCCUCAGCACCGAUCGCCAUUCCCAUCAUUCCCGACACCAUAACUCCAACGAACUAACUUUCGAUCCCCUCCUCGAAGAAGCCGACCCUAAUGAUAGGAACUCCUCCGACGACCGGAUCGACGAGCUUGACGAUGGCGUACAGGAAGAUCCAGAUUCUAGGGUUCAGGACGAGGAGGACAUUCUCAGAAAUCUAGAUGCUGACGAAGAUGAAAAUGAUCAGUCUAGGGUUUCAAAAUACUACUUCGAUCACGUUCAGGGCGUGAUUCGACGCUCUUUUGAUAAGCGGUCGAUUGAUCAGUGGGAAGAUUAUGCUAGUUUCGAUUCGAAUUGGGAUAGUAGUACAACCAGCAUUAAUCUGGCAUUUAGUUCGGACGAUGUUGCUUUGGAUGAUAAUGUGAGGAGGAAAGUAGCGGAAGUGAAGGGGAUCGAGGAUGCACUUCUGUUGACAGUGGGGCAUAGGGUUUCGCCAUUAAGGGAAGGCUGGGGAGAUUGGUUUGAAAAGAAGAGCGAUUUCUUAAGGCGAGAUCGGAUGUUCAAAUCAAAUCUGGAGUUGUUGAAUCCUUUAAACAAUCCAUUUUUACAAGAUCCUGAUGGGGCUGGAGUUACAGGUCUCACCAAAGGUGAUAAAUUGAUUCAAAAACGCAUCAUUCAUGAAUUCAAGAAGGUACCUUUCACCAGUAAAAACCCAGACAAUCCAGAUACCAAAUCCAAAGGAACCAACGGACUAUCAGAAGAAACGAAAGGAGAGGAUUCGAAGGUUGAAAGUGUUCAUAAAGCUAGCAAGGCUGAAUUGAAGACUGCAGAGAGGAGAACAUUGGAUGACAAUGGCGAUAGCAAAACACAAUCUGAAUUUUCUGGUCAAAUCUAUGCAGAUGGGAAGAGAUGGGGUUACUUUCCAGGUUUGAAUCCUCGUCUAUCUUUCUCCAACUUCAUGGAUGCAUUCUUUAGAAAAGGAAAGUGCUCAAUGAGGGUAUUCAUGGUAUGGAAUUCUCCACCAUGGAUGUUCAGUGUUCGACACCAAAGAAGCCUCGAAGGCCUCCUCUUCCAUCAUCGAGAUGCUUGUGUUGUAGUCUUCUCCGAAACAUUAGAGCUCAAUUUCUUUGAUAGCUUUGUAAAAGACGGUUUCAAGGUUGCUGUUGCAAUGCCAAAUCUGGAUGAGUUGCUGAAAGAUACACCAACACAUGAAUUCGCUUCUGUUUGGUUUGAAUGGAGAAAGACAAAGUUUUAUCCUACUCAUUACAGUGAACUUAUCCGCCUUGCUGCCCUUUACAAAUACGGUGGGAUCUAUCUUGAUUCUGACAUUAAAGUCCUUAAACCACUUCAUUCUCUAUCCAAUACAGUGGGCUUUGAAGAUGAUUCAUCAGAAAGUCACUUAAAUGGAGCAGUGAUGGCAUUUAAAAAACACAGUAUGUUUAUAAUGGAGUGUUUGAAGGAGUUCUAUGCAAGUUAUGAUGAAACCAGCUUAAGGUGGAAUGGAGCUGAUCUUUUAAGCAGAGUAAGAACAAAGUUUCUACAUGAAGAAAAUCGUGUGAAGAAUCAAAAGGAACUGAAACUUCAACCUUAUUCGGCUUUCUUCCCUAUAAGUCAUAAGAAUAUUACAAGAUAUUUCAGAGCACCUACAACGGAUGUUGAAAGAUUUGAUGAAGAUGGUUUGUAUAAAAAGAUUGUUAAUGAGUCAUUUGCAUUUCAUUUGUGGAACAGUUUAACACAUUCUUUAGUUCCAGAGCCUGAAAGCCUUGUAUCAAGGCUUAUCAAUCAACACUGUAUCCGUUGCUCUGAUGUGUUGUAAAUUUAGAAUCCCUUAUUAUAUAUUAGAUGUAGAUGGGGAUUCACAGAGUGUAAAUUAUUUUUGUUAGAAGAGCUUAUAAUUGUAUGAUUGUAUUUUUUUUUUCUUUCCCAAAUGAACACUGUUUUAUAAAUUACUAAAGAAGAUUGUAUAAUGAUUUGAAUUUUCUUGGAA